ACAACCAUUAUUUCUUCCCAACUUGUAAUGGCGGAUUCUUCUUCUUCUUCCUCAACUUCGACGGUUUCUCCUUCUUCCUCUAAACAGCUUUCCUCCUACGCCGGCGAAUGGGAAUACGACGUCGUCCUGUGUUUCAGAGGCGCCGACGCCCGCCGUGGUUUAACCGCCCACCUCACUGCGUUCUCUCCGACAACCAAACCAAAGCAUUCAUCGACGAGAAACUCGACAAAACAGAGAGCAUCGGCGAACUUCUCUCCGUUCUCCCAUGGUCUGCACUGUCAAUCGUGAGUUUCCUCGGAGAAUUUUGCUGAUUCAACCUGAUGUUUAGGUGGAUGUCAUGGCUCGAUGAAUGGAAAAAUUAGGGCACCGGGUGAUUCUGGUUUUUCUAUAAUGUAUAACCCUCCGGUGUCGCAGAGGAUUCUGGAAGUUACGCUACUGCCACUGAGCAGAAACAUGGAGAUAUCAACAGUCUAGAGGUUGGGAAGAGAUGGAACGAUGGUCUGCAAGCUUUGGCUCAUUGCGGUGGCACUACUUGUUAGGCGACUGUGUGAGUACUCGUUACUACUAUGAGCCUUCUUCGUAAAUUGGUUGCUUCUUUCGGUUAGUGGUAAUGUGUACUUACAUUGUCCGCACUAUGUAUACAAAUGCAACAAUUGGGAGUAAUUGCGUUCAGACAUGAUAGCCAUUCUCUAAUUCGAACAUUUUCCCUCAUAUUUUAACCCUAAUGUUCUUACGAAUGAGUGUAACUUAAUUUUGGAGGUAGUGAACGAUGUUCAGAGGCAGCUUGCAGUUACAGGCAUGCACCCCCAGCAUCUUGCCUGACAAUUUUGGUUGGUAUUGAUUCACUCUUUAUGUAGAUUCAGCAUCUGUUAGCCUUGGCCACAUUGGAUGGUAGUCGAAUUAUCGGAAUCUGGGGAAUGGGUGGUUUGGGGAAGACAACUCUAGCAACAACUUGCUGUUUGGAGAUAUGCAUUUUCAGUGUGAGACACCAAUCAUCGGUUCGUUAAAAGCAUCAAUGAGAACUGCGAAAGUGUCCGUGGGAUUGAAGGACAGAUAGAAGAAUUGUACUCGACUCUUUGGUCGGAGAAAGAUGUAAGUAAUGAAGAUUCAGAUUUUGGUUCCUGAAGGAAACGUCUUUCACGUUUGAAGGUGUUUGUUGUUCUUGGUGAUGUGGAAACUCAUCACAGUUAGAUAAGUUACUUCUGGGAAGUUUCUUGGAUCCAACAAUACUACUUGCCAUAGGAUUUAGAUAAUUGUCGCAACUAGAAGAAGAAAAGUAUUCAUGAUUAAGUUGGGAGCUGAAGAGUGGAGGCUAUUUCUAGAUGUUGCUUGUUUCCGUAAUGAGAUGUGGAGAUCUAAAAUAACCAUGGCAGUCAAGUAUGGCUCCUCCAGUGCUUAUUUCUUCUUUUAUCCUUAAAAACAUGUUCAAGUUGGGCCAUAUACUGUUGUUGCUGAAGUAGAGAUGAAUGCAUUUUCAGGUUUUUUUUUUUUUUUGUUUUGUUGCGUUCCUGACAGGUUUUGCCUCAAAAUCGGGAUUCUGAAUGGGCUUCACACUAUAGAGGCAGAGUAUAAAAUUUCAUAAGCCUGCAGGCUGCAUCUUCAGGUACAAACAAUACUGUUCACCUACCUUAAUUAAUUGUUAAUUAAGACUUUUAAAUGCAGGAUAUUGUUUUUCCUUCUUGUGGUGAUGACUACACAGAUCAGAUUAGGUGGGCAAGUCAAGUUAAUCAAUGACCCGAGAAGUCAUACAAUCAAUCUUGCUUAAUGAACAAAAAAUGCAAAAUUGAACAGUGAUCCACGAAGUCAACCCUCCAUGAUUUGUAGUUAAAAGUCUGUCCCUUAGCUAAGUUAAUCAGAAGAAAGCAGAUCAAGAUCUCCCAGUCUAAUGGCUUCUUCCUUUUCCUCAGCUUUGAUGGCUUCUUCGUCUCAUAGUGCCAUGUAUACAGGAGAGUGGGAAUAUGAUGUUUUCUUGUGUUUCAGAGGCGAUGACACCCGCCAUGGUUUUGCAAGCCACCUCAUGGCUGCUCUUUCUGACAAGCAAAUUAAAGCAUUCAUCGACACCAUGCUCCGCAAAACAGAGUGCAUAGAUGAACUCCUCUCCAUCCUCCAAAGAUCUGCACUUUCGAUUGUGAUUUUCUCAGAGAACUUUGCGGAUUCACCCUGGUGCUUGGAUGAAGUUGCAACAAUUGCUCAAAGCAUGGUGAAAUUCGGGCAUCGAGUGCUGCCAGUUUUCUACAGGGUUGGUUGGUCUGAUGUGGCAGGGGACUCUGGCAGUUAUUCUAUCACCAUCGAUUAUAAGCUAAAAGCUAGUUCAGAGGACAACAAGAGAUGGAGAGAUGCUUUGAAAGCGGUCGCUAAUUGUGCUGGGCAUACCUCUCAGGCAAUUCAAAUCGAAGCUAAAUUGGCUAAGGAGAUUGUGGAGGAUGUUCAAAAGCAACUAAUAGAUAUGUCUCCGAGUAUCAAGUCUAACAAUUUGGUCGGUAUGGGUUCGCGUGUUUUGGAGAUUCAACGACUAUUAGCUAUGAAUUCAUUAGAUGAUACUCAGAUCAUUGGGAUAUGGGGAAUGGGUGGUGUAGGAAAAACAACUCUUGCAAAAGCUUGCUACGAGCGGCUGACUUCGUUGAUGAGGAAAACCAAGCAUCGCUUUGUCCGUAACAUUAAUGAAAAUUGCGAAAAGCAUCACGGGGUUGAAGAAAUAGUGUCUGAGCUCUAUUCGAGAUUGUUGUCCGAGAGCAAUAUAAGUCAUGUAGAUUUAGAUAUUAGUUAUCGCAGGGCACUUCUUUCUCGUUUGAAGGUGUUCAUUGUUCUUGACGAUGUGGAGACCCCAUUGCAAUUGGAGCAAUUGCUUUUAGGAGAUGUCUUCAAUCUCCCCAAACUCUUUGCUGCUGGGAGCAGAAUCAUCGUGACAACAAGAAAUAAGAAAGUCCUUCAAAAUGCGUUGGCAAAGAUAUACAAUGUUGCCUGCUUGAAUGAUAUUGAAUCUACUCAAUUGUUUAGCUUGCAUGCAUUCAAACAACAUUGUCCCCUGGUUAAUUGGACGGAGAUGUCACGUCUUGCAAUAUCAUAUUGCAAAGGAAACCCCUUGGCACUUAGAGUUUUGGGGGGUACGUUGUUUGGUGAAGACAAACACUAUUGGCAAAGUUUUUUGAGUGGAUUGAGAAGGAUUCAGAAGCCUGAAAUUCAUGACAUUCUGAGGAGAAGCUACAAUAAAUUGACGGUUGAAGAGAAGAAACUUUUUUUAGAUGUUGCUUGUCUCCUUAACGGAAUUUCAAGAUCUAGACUGAUAGAAUAUAUGGAUACUGUUUGCCCAGCUGCUUAUGCCAAAGUGAAGGACCUAAUUGAUAAGUCACUCUUCAUGUGCAUUUCCAAAAAGGAUGGAGAGAAUAUUGAGGUGCAUGGUCUGCUGAAGGAAAUGGCUUGGAACAUUGUCAACGAGGAACCAAAGCUUGGCAAACGGAGCAGAUUGGUAGAUCCUGAGGAUAUUCACAAAUUAUUGACAACUCAAAAGGUUAAGAAUUGGACAAAAUUUGUUUCAAACUUCUUCAAAGGCAUAGAAGAGAUGGUUCUACCAAGAAGAAAAAGAAGGAAAGUCAUUGACUUGCUUCGAACUGGCAAUAAUGCAUUGGAGGGAGAUCGAACAACCGAAGGUCUAAGUUUGGAUCUAUCUAAAGCAAAUAAGAUGCAUUUGGAAGCCAAUGCUUUUGAGGGGAUGGACUCUCUUACUUUUAUGAAAUUUUGGUGGCCGAGAGAUUUUGAAAUUGAACAGAAAAUCCAUUUGCCACACAGUGGGCUUGACUCGCUUCCUGACAGGUUAAGAUGGCUGCAUUGGGAUGCAUACCCUUCAAAGUCUCUACCAUGGAGAUUUUAUCCCCAGCACCUCGUCAAUCUUAUCAUACGACAUAGUCCUAUUAAGAGAUGCUGGGAAGGAUUUGAUCAACCGAUGCUUGUGAACCUGGUGGUGCUUGAUCUGUCCAGCUGUAAAAAUCUAACUGUUGUCCCCAAUUUGUCAAUGUCUUCGAGUCUCGAGGAGCUCCGACUCCAAGGAUGCUUCAGCCUAGUUGAGUUACCCUCUCAUGUUCAAUAUCUUCACAAGCUCAUAACAGUGGACCUCAGACAUUGUGUGAACCUUGAACGUCUUCCGUCCAGACUCGACUCAAAUUUCCUCAAGCAUGUCUGGAUACAAAAUUGUCCAAAGGUCAUGCAAUGUCCCGAGAUAAACUCAGGAGAACUGGAAGAACUAGAUUUAGAUGGGACACCCAUCAGAGAGCUUCCAGGUGCGAUUUACAACGUCAAGCAAGGUGGCGUCCUACGUCUAUGUGGUGAAAGCAUUACUGACUUCCCUGCAAUUUCAAGAAGCUUGAAGGAGUUUCGUCUGUGUCAUACUGCAAUCAGGGAUAUAUAUUUUAAUUUUCCUCACCUGGCUUCCUCUGAAUUACUGCCUAUAUAUGAUAGGCUGGAGUUGGUUGAGAACUGCCGACUGGAAAGCCUGCCAAGGAACCUCUGGAACAUGGCUGGACAACUCGUCGUUGAGGGUAGUCUGUUGAUUGAGAGUUUGCCAGAGAUCUCAGAGCCUGGAUGCAGAAGUCAUAAGAACGGAUCUGACAUCCACAAUAUGAGCUCUCUGAAUUAUCUAUGCUUGAAAAAAAUGGGUAUUAAAUCCUUGCCUUCCUGUGUCCAUAAAUUGGACAGACUGAAUUCCAUUGAAUUAUGGUAUUGUGAAAGACUUGAAAGUAUCCCAACCAAUAUCCAUAAACUAUCCCAGUUGCUGGUGUUGACCUUGAGGGGCUGUCGUAGUAUUCGAUCUUUGCCGGAACUUCCAUUACGUCUUCUCACUCUGGAUGUAGGUGGUUGCAAGUCAUUACAAGCUCUACCAAGCAACAUUGCUAAGCUCAGUUGGGGAAGCGUGAGGUUUGAUGAUUGCCCACAAUUGAAUGAAACUAUGGUGAAUUUUCCAGUUCAUGUAACGUUGUCUCGGCAGUCUAAGGUCAGUCUUCUAUAUUCAGGGAGUGAGAUUCCAAAAUGGUUUGCCUACAAAAGUGUGAAUGAUAAGGAUGAUUCAUGUGUGACCGUGGAAUUAUCUCCUUCAACCUGUAGUAGUGAGCAACUAAUGAUGAAGGGUAUUACAUUUGGCAUUGUGUGUUCUUGGGACCAUUGGGAUGGUCAGGUUAAUAUGAGAUGUGAUUGCAACAUCAACACCACCACCAUUGCGUCUUGGAGUUCUGAUCGUUGGUUUUUAGAUGGGGAUGACACCCCAUCGGACAAAGUUUUUCUGUGGUUCGACAAGAACUCGUCAGGUAAGACCAAGAAAAGAAGAGGAGGAGAAGAAGGAGAAUCUUGGUACAUGAAAUAUGCUGGGCUCACCGUCUCAUUCUGGUUCUACCUUCAAUUACCAAAUGCUCAAGAUGUCAACCAAUUGAAGAACUUCAAAAUCAAAAGAUGCGGCGUUUCUUUACUGUACUAAGUAACGACAGUUCAAGAAAUAUUUUUGGUAAAAUAGAAACACAUGUAAGGUAGGUUUCUGAGUCUUUUGGGUGAAUCUCUGUCCAGUUCUUGUGAACAGUUGGUAUUUAUUAUUAUGAGUUGUUCAGCCUUGCUGUUAUUACUUAAUCCAAUAAUUCUUUGUAUUCCCUGCUUUCUACUUUACCUUAAGUGCUAUUUGGAAAGAGAACUGUUAUGAAGUCUUUCUCCGAAUUCUACCUAUAGCUACAACACACUCGUCUCCUCUAUUUCAGGAUUGAUAGUUUCAUACUAUGUGUACAGAGUUUAACUAAAUCUUGAUAUCUUCCUUCUCCCUUUCUUAGCUUGUCACAUAUAUUGAUUAAGUCGAUAGAAUUUUGUUGAACAUCUCUGCCCUGCUUUGGUUAAUGGGUUAACACGAGGGGAACUUGUGCUUUCUUCCUGGUUUCUUGUCAGUAUCGACUGCUAAAUAAUAUGCGUGUUAACCUUUUUUGGAGUUGCUCAAGUCUUUUAGGAAGUCCAGUUCUCUAAAUGGCAUGCAUUGUGCAGAGCUAAGUUCAGGAGAUGGGGGUUUGGCUUUGGAAUUAGAAGAAGCACCCUUCAAAGUACUGUUGAAAGCAAUCUACAAGGUCAAGCAGGGUGGCGUCCCUUAUCUCUGUGGCCAAAACUUCACCAUACUGCAUUUGAUGAUGAGCCUUCUUCUGAUUUGCAAAGACUUUCUAAACCAGUCUUGUUACAAAUUUCCAUCAGUUAACUUGUCAGGUUAUGAAAAAAAAAAAAAAAAGUUGUCAGGUAGUGCCUGUUGACUGAAAGUUUUCCCAACAUCUUAGACCUGGUGAAGGGCUCAACUCAACUUGAUAUAUCUGGUUGUGGAAUUCUUUGGGAUCUUCCAUUACCUUCGGCAAUUUCAAUUCUCCUGUCUCUGAAGGUUGAUAUUCACCUGCAGUUGGACAUGAAUUCGCUUGAUGAAAUCUUGGCAAAUGGCAAGUUUCCGAACUGUGGCCACUAUCUCUUUGGAUACUCAGGUAUAUGAAUAUUCUUUUGCUUAUCCUGUUUUAUGGUAUUGUGGAUAGAAAGAUGCUUAAACUUCUGGGACUGCACUUCUGCCUCGGCUAUACUUUUGUAUGGGGAGUCAGGAUUGUAUCAUGUUACGGCUGCCACUAUUGGAUCACUUCGAUGUAUUUGGGAUGUUUGUAGAUUUGUCUGGAUCACUUCCCAGAUACUACCUUGGUCUUUGUAUAAAAGUUGAAGCUCAUAUGUAGACUGCUGUGCAGUGCAGGUCUUUGGAAGGGUAUAUUUGAGAGUUCAGUUAUAGUUUGACAAGGGCAUCUGGGAAGUGUCCCACAACUAACCGUAUGGUCUCCACGUCCAACUUUUGGACAAUUUCUUUGCUCACUUUCUGCCUAAGGAUUGAGGGUAUUGUAUUUGGUGUUCUGUUUUCCCGGGACCCUAGCAGCGAUGUUAUAAAAAAUAAAUUGUGAAUGCAACAUCGACAACAGUCAGCACUGCCAUCACCUCUUGGUUCUCUUUGAGUCUAUCUUUAGAUGGCAUUGAUACUUCACAGGAUUGUGUAUAUCUGUGGUGUGUCAAUAACUUAUUUCGUGACACUGAGGAAGGAGAAGAAGGGCAGGAAUGGUAUGCGAAAUAUGUUGUAUGCUCUGUGUCAUUCCGAUUCUACCCUCAACUAGCAGGUUCAAGGUCGAAGAACUUUGAAAUCAGAAGAUGUGGCGUGUGUCUACUGUACUGACAGUAGUAUAUAUGGCGUGUCCCUUACCACAAUCAAAUCAAAUCCUUUUUUGACACUGUGCUCUAGAAAACAAAGUGCAUUGAUGAGCUUGCUCGAUCCUCCAAAUAUCUGCACUUUCAAUCCAAGGUUUGCUGUGUGAAAUAAGAUGACGUCACAAAUUCAUUUCAUAUCUCCCAAGGAAAUAGAGAUUUCAACAAGAACUUACAAGUCAGAAGAUAUGGUUCCACUCUACUAUGCUGACAGUAGUUUUUGAUAAAUUUGGAGGAGAAAAGGAGUAAAUACCUAUCUGAAUGGUAAUGGCUGCAUCUUCCCCUUCCUUCUAAACUUAUUGAACAUUCAAUAUAUCAUCUGAAUGUACAUAUUAGCUCUGCUUUGCCGUAAAACUAGUUCACAGUUACCAACUGAAACAGGUUCAUGGCUACAAGCAACUCUACUGCAUAGUUAUGACAGACCUGAUGAGAGUAGGUUGUUGAGAUUGUGCAAUUUGGAAAGACUCAUUGAGAAGGCAGAGUGGGUUGGCUUCUGUACCAACAGGUUUGGUCAGGAUAUAAAACUCUUGCUGCUGGAUACACAAGUUACAGGAAGAACAGUACUGAAUUUGGUAUGUCUCGGCUUCAAGUUGAGGUAACAUCUUACCUUACAAAUUGCAAGUACUUGAAAUUUCGCUGCAACUUGUAUUUUCCCCUCUUUUAUCCUUCAGGAUUAUAUUUUUGACAACUACACACAGAUGAUAAAAUCCAUCUAUUUACCCAAAAACAUUUUUGUUUGUGUGGACAUAAGUUUUGUUCUCCUUUCUAUCGUUCCCUUAAUCGUCUAAUUAGUAUUUACCCCACCUCCCAUCAUUAUCUUGACAAUUUUUGUUCUUUUUCCUCAUGGCAUGGUAUGGACCACUUGGAAAAUUUCAAACCAUCCUUGCUAAAUGCUAAGAAAGAAACAAAGACUUU